AACAUGGUAUUUUAAGCUGGGUAUCUAUGAGGAUCAAUGACAGUGGUGUAAGUGCAAAAUUCUUCUGUUCUUCCCUAAACUUGGAUUUUUGGGGUAACCUGCUGUGGCCAUGAUCCUGAGGCAACAGCUUUGCCAUCAUGCACUGCCUGGAAAGUUCCCAGCUGCUGGGAUGAAGGGGUUAAGGAGGGAGCAGAAAAUAGACCUUCAACAGGAUGAGCUGCUCAGGUUAAAUUAUUCAUCAAAACAAAACACCAGCUGCAAACUAAUCACAGGUAGUGAUGGGGAGAUCCAGGAAGGAGCCCCCAAGUGAGCCCUCUUGUCAGCCUUCCUUGGCACCCCAUGGCAGAGCUGAAAUGGGAUUUCUAGCCAGAAAAAUCUGUGAUUAGCACACUAACAAGUGAUGUGCCACAAAUAACACUUUUCCUCACUGCCAAGCUCUGUGUCAGUAAACAGGGGUUUAUCUCUUCCCACAGCCAGGUAUUAGGGGGAGCUGGGCAAGCCCUGAGGCCAGAGGGGAGGUUUGUGGUGAGAAGAGGUUGCUGCACUUCCUUUUUCUCACCUUGAGAUCCCCAGGUGAAGCACAGGCUGGCUUAUGGCUCCUUACAGCUGGGAUGGGUGUUGCAGAUGCUGCUGCCAUAGAAAGGGUCACAAAAGGUCUCUCUCUGCCCAUGGUAACACUUGAGGAACAGCCAAGCUCCCUUCCCAUGGCUGAGCUGGGUGGCAGUGAAAUUUGCUGAUGUUGUUUACCUCCCUGGGCUGUAAACUCCACAUUUUAAAGAGAAAAAAAAAAUAGUGUGGCCAGAUCUUCUUCCCAGCCAAGCAAGUGUGUUGCCCUCCCCAGGCUGGGGACUGUUCCGUAGGGCAUCAUAAGAAGGAUGCUUGAGAGUGGAGAAAGCAACACCUGGUUUCUCCUGAGUGGCUGGGCAUAUUCCAUGAGAUGAUCCUGGCACCUCUGCCGUGCCCAGUGCUGGCUGGUGACACUGGAACCCUGCCUGAGCUUGGGGGGGCAGCUGAGCCUGGUGGAUGCCUUUGCAGGGCCCUGGUCACGAGCUCAGCUAUCUUUAGCCCAAGGUAUUUAUAUUACAAGGCCACCGGGCAGCUCAGCAAAGGCAUCAAAGGCUGGAGAAGGCCGAGGGGGCUGUGCAGGGGUACGGCACAGAGGGACAUCGGGUGCUCCCCCAGCCCUGAGAGCUGCUGAGGUCCCAGGCGAGGAUGACCCCAGAGGAGGAAGGUUCCCAGGCAGGGCCCCCGGAGCGGGUGCGUAUCCGGGUGGAGGAGCAGUCGUUCUCGGUGGAGAAGGCCUUGCUGGUGGAGAGCAGUGAGUACUUCCGUGCCCUCUUCCGCUCGGGCAUGAGGGAGAGCACGCAGGAGGAGAUCGGCCUGGGGGAGCUGAGUGCAGCUGGGUUCCUCGCCAUGCUGCAGGUGCUGGCGGGCGAGAGGCCCAUCCUUGGCAGCGAGGAGACCUUCCAGGCAGUGGAAUGUGCUGCCUUCCUGCAGGUGAAGCCCUUGGCCAAGUACUUGAUCCACUCCAUCAACUCUGACAACUGCAUCCUGCUGUACCAAGCCGCUGCCAUAUUCGGCCUCCUGGAUCUCUUCCACUGUGCCGCACUCUACAUCAGGGACAGCUACGCUGAGCUGGAGGAGUACCUGGACUGCCUCCCCGAUGACCUGCUGGCCUAUGUGGAAGCCCUCCUCCCCAGCACCUUUGUGGCAGUGGGAGCCCAUACACCCACCUUCGAGUUCUUGGAGGACCUCUCCAGGACCAUCUGCUACCUGGACGAGGAGACCAACACAUGGCGGACCCUCUCCUGCCUUCCGCUGAGCGCCAGCACAUUCCUAGCCGGCAUGGCAACCAUGGAUAACAAGAUCUACAUUGUGGGCGGCGUCUACGGGGCCAACAAGCAGGUGGUGGAGAGCAGCUUCUGCUACGAUGCUGAUGCCAACGCCUGGAGCGAGUUCCCCAGCCCUCACCAGCUGCGCUACGACGUCAGGCUGGUGGGCCACGAGGGCUACCUCUAUGCCAUUGGUGGUGAGUACGAGAAGAUCUCGCUCAAGUCCGUGGAGAGGUACGACCUGGCCUCCAGCACCUGGACCUUCGUCUCUGACCUGCCGCAACCGAGCACGGCAGCGCCCUGUGCCCAAGCCUUGGGGCAGAUCUUCGUUUGCUUGUGGCAGCCACUGGACACCACUGUCAUCUAUGAGUACGAGACCCAGCAAGACGCGUGGCUUCCCGUCACCGAGCUCAAGCGGCACCAGAGCUACGGGCACUGCAUGGUGGCCCAUCGUGACAACCUCUACGUCAUGCGCAACGGCCCCUACGAUGACUUCUUGCGCUGCGUCAUCGACUGCUUCAACCUGACGUCCCGGCAGUGGAGUGCCCUGCCCGGGCAGUUCAUGAACAGCAAGGGAGCUCUCUUCACCGCCAUCGUCAGGGGUGACACCAUCUACACUGUCAACAAGAUGCUGACACUCCUCUACUCCGUGGAAGAGGAGACCUGGAAGCAGAAGAAGGAGCGUGCAGGUUUCCCACGCAGCGGCUCCCUGCAGACCUUCCUCCUGCGGCUGCCAAGACGUGACCACGACAUCGCGACGUAGCUGCUCCCCCGUCCCACGUCAGGAUGCUCUCCUUGCACAUGGCCUCAGCUCUGCACUCACUGCUCCCCUGGGCUCCUACUCUUCCACAGAGCUGUGCUCAGGCCCAGGGAUGCAUCAUGUUGGACCUUGGAGGUGACAUUAAACCCUGCCAGAGGGAAAGGGCAGCUGCUGUCCCCUCUUCCUGCCCUGCACAGGCACAAAGCCCUGUCAGCCAUAAGCUCACAAGCCAGCUGUGUGCAAGACAUUGUGGCUUCUGCAGAGGACAGAUUCCAUAGAGAUGCAAACAUGGAAUUUAUUUAUUCUGACUACACUCUGAGGGUGUGCAGCAUUCCACCUCCUUUCUGCCUUGAUGGGAAAUCAUUCAUUACAUGCUGGAAUUAAAAGGAAAGCUAUAGAAAAGCUUCUCAUUACUGUGUUUUUCAUUUACUCUUGAGUUUGGGGUUUUUCCUCCUGUGCUUCUGAAGGAAAAUACCUCCUAACAGGGAUCUGUGUCAGGACUCGCUUCUGCCCCUGAAUGCUUUUUCAGCUGUGGCUCAGUUUCAGAGCCUUACGUGGGAGUGCAGUUCCCACA